AUGGUCAUGAAACCGAAUUCAGCGCAAGCACGAGGAGGAAACGGAGGGAUGAGCUCGUACAGCACCAGCUGGACGGACGUGGUGAUCGAUCGAAUCCACGGGGAAGCGAAGAGCGCAUACGAGUCCAUCCCUCCGUACUUUCGAAGGUUCGAUGCCUUCGGAAACGACGAACACCCUUCCAUUUUCAAGCCUCGCCUGAAGCCGCAGGUGAACCAGCUUGAGCUUUUUGCUAUUACUACUACUAGUCCUGCUCACGGUCCGGGACAGCCACCGCUGGAUUCCGCCGGCGGAGAGCGUGGGCAGCUGCGGCGGCCUCCGACGCCAGAAACGGACAAGGACCACAUAGUCGUUGCUGCCGUCGGGCCGUACCACCACCGCACCGCAUCGGCGCAGCAGCAGCCGCCGCCACUCAUCACUUGUGCCAAGAAGUGUGGCAUCGUCAAGUACCUCACUGGCUCGUUCAACCUUGACGUCGUCGGCUUCCUACAAUGGGUGCAACGCAACGAAGAGCGAGCGCGGCGCUGCUACGAGCGGGAGUCCUUCCAGAUGAACUCCCAUGAGUUCGCCGAGAUGCUGCUGCUCGACGGGUGCGUCCUGCUCUUCGCCAUCUUCCUUCUCAGGCCGAGCAUACGCGAGGACAAGCUGCCGGCCGAGCUGGCUGCCGACGCCGAUCACGGGAGGGAGUUCAGGAACCUGUCCGCACAUAUAUCCUUCCACAUGAAGCAGACCACGCUGGACCUGCUGGUGCUGCACAACCAGAUCCCCUUCUUUGUGCUCACCGAACUGCACAGCCGACUCAAGAACACCUUCUUUGCCGGCGUCAACUACAGCUUGGAAGAACUCGCUCUCUCUUGCUUCCAGGACGUCCACCCGUUUGGUUUGAAAGAAGGCGAUCUGAGCCCGACGACACAGAGAGACGGAGGUGGCAAUGGCGGCGGCAGCGGCACUGAACGGUUCCCACAACGAGUCCAUCAUCUGCUGCAUCUUUUCCAUUGGUCUCUAGUGCCUGGACAGAAGUAUGGCGUGGACAUAAAUUCCAUUCCACCGAGGGAGCCAGAGUCACAUCUGCCCAGCGCGACCGAGCUAGAGGAGUCGCUCACCAUCUUCACCAAGCAGAAGGAUGCCAAGGGUAGCAGGAGCUCCUGCUGCUUGGACAUCACCUUCGAGAGCAGUAGGAUGGCCACGCGCGGGGUGAUGCGCCUCCCUGCGCUGCACAUCCACGGGUACAGCGAGGCCGUCUUCCGCAACCUCAUCGCCUUCGAGCAGAACCAUCUCCGCUGCGGCCACGGCGUCACCACCUACGCCAUCUGCAUGGCUCGCCUGCUCCAGUCUGACGCCGACGCGAGGUUGCUGAGGAACAGCGGGAUCCUGCCGUACACGCAGCGGACCGACAAGGAGAUCGUCGACUUCUUCAGGCAACUGGUCGACGAGUGCAGGAACACCUGCAUGCCAGAUGAUCUUAUUGCACUCUGCAAGGAUGUGGCGGCGCACCAUCAGAGCACAGGCGUCAGGGUCAUGAAAGGCUUCGUGCUUCAGUGCUUCCCCAAGCAGACCAUCACUUUCUUUGUCAUCUUCGGUGCCAUAAUCUCCAUUGCCACACUCAUCAAUACCGUCCACUCCAUGUAUAGAUACUAUCACCCCCGUGGAAACCUUCCUCCCAUGGGGAGGUGA